AUGCCUGCACCUCGCGGCCCAAAUUACUUCAACACCCCAAAAGGUUCAACUGCGAGCUUCAAAAACCCACGCAUUCGAGCCCUUCCUUUUCUUCCGCAAAAUACACCACGGCAUCUUAGCCCAUCUCAAUACCGCUUACCAUGGAAAUUACGGCAAAGCAAGCCUGAUCCAUACUCUAUCGAAAAGACCGGGAAUCCUCACAUUGAUAUUCCCAUGCUUCACAAAAAACAUCGGCUUGAGAGGGCUGCUGCUAGGUUGUCUCCAGAAGAUCGUUUGAAACUUAAUGCUAAACGUUCUGCUGAGAGAUCUGAAGAGUCCGCGUCCAAGCGUGCGCGCAUCAUUGAGACUAAAGGAACUGCUGUGUCUUUCACACCAGUGCAGUCUGCAGUCCCACGCGUGCCAGGUGCAUUCCCGGAAUCCCCAGAACAUGACGCACCAGUAGAAAUUCAACCACUUUCUUUGCCUGUUGCUCAGACUGCGGCCCGGAAUAUUGCACUCGCUGGAAUGAGCAUUUACGUCCGAAUUCGCCGAAUCACUGGUGUUGUGAAAGGCGCACAUCGAGCUCUCAAACAGGGUAUCAGAGCCAGUACCCUGUUUGCGACCGCCGUUGGGCAACGCAUCAGAGCCACCCAUGAACCUGUACCAACAGUUGUUGAAGAGCGUCAAGAGACACAACAGACUUAUGAGAGUGCUACUUCAUCUGCUAGCGAUCAGUUGCAAACCGACCUCACCGCAUACGCUAGAGCUCUACCCCCUCGUCGCUAUGCUAUUCCAGACAAUGAUCCGUCUGCGCAAUUGCAAGCAGAACUUGUUGAUCACACUUCUCAUAUUCCUCAACCCUCCACUAUCAUUACUGCACCAGCACCCACUACGAUGUCUGCUAACUUGCUGGCUCAAGAUCAAUCUUCUGUUGAUGAAAUCAUGUCAGAAGCAUCCGCUGCUCUUUCGGGGCAAUCUACAACUACUGCAACUACCACAGCCGUUAUGGAAGUGCCAGCAGCUCCUACUACUACAGUGCAAUCGACAUCCGCGUCUGUCGAGGUGGAGUCUUCUGUCAGAGAAGAUGAAGACCCGGAUGCGCGAAAACUUCGGGAACUCUUUGGUAAACGCAGAGAGAAACUCGGUCUACCACCCUCUGAACGCUCGUUAUACUGUCAAGGGCUUAGAAAUCGUAAACUCAGGCGCCCUGCCCCUGUGACUCCUUCUGAGACCAGUACUGAUGCAGAGGUCACUAAUACUGAACUCGCACAGGAAACUGAAGAGCACAUCCAGGACACUUCAGUCUUAGUUGAGGAGCGCCCGACUGUUGAAGUCCAGGACACCGCACAUGUCGAAGAACAACAAGAUGAAGAGCAACAGGCCGAAGACCAACAGGUCGAAGAGCAUCAUGUUGAAGAGGCACGAGAUGAAGAGGCACAAGAUAAAGAGCAACAGCUUGAAGAGCAGGCCGAAGAGCAAUUCACCGACGAACACGAAUUUUUCAUGUCUCCCGAUCCUCCCGACAAUGACGAUGAGUACGACCCAGACGCCUACUAUCCGGGUGUACCACCACUCAUGCCCGAGAGGCGUUUCUUCUUCAAUGCAGAGUUUCGACGCAAAGUUGCAGCAAAAAAGAAAGCUGAACGUGAAGCUGCAUUACUUCGAAAAUCACUAGACGAAGCAGAAGCUCCCAAACGGGAAUAUCUCGCUGCCUUGAAAGAGUUCGAGGUUGCCAAAGCCGAGCAAACCCAGUAUUCGCUGCGCUCUAUCCUCAAACGCCGCCGCGGAGACCACCAGAACCGACGCUUCUCAGGGAGUCAUCUAGAAGCAACCAUACAAGAGACGGUCGAUCAGUUAGCGGCAACUACUGUUCAUGACGAGGUCCCCGAGAUUCCUCGUCCGGCUCGCAACGUACAUUGGGAUGAUGUGGAAAUCAAUUUUGGCGAUGUGCUCUCCAAAUGUCGGUGGUAUGAUGUUAUGUCCCCGCCGGGCGUGUUCAGAGCAGGUCCCGAGCCAGGAGAUAGAGCAGGGUUUGAGAAGUACGAGGAAGGUAUACGACGUCGUGAAAAAGAAUGGGAGCUUAAACAACAGAGGCAGAUUGUGAAAGAUCGGGAAGAUGCCCUUGGUCGUGCUGAUGCGCCGGAGCAGGGUGCAGUCAGACCCUUGACGCCUCUUUGGGAUCAACGUUUGACAGUGGCAAUGCGAUCCCACCCGAAGGAUGUCCUGGCUAAAACAUCAGAUGCGGACCUGACCCACGAAAAAUUAGAAACGUGCUGGAMUACACUGGCCUGGUUGAACGAUGAGGUUAUCAAUGGCCACCUCUCACACACCGUCAAGUAUCUCCGUCGCCAGGCGAACAAUCUCGGAGCUAACGACGCACCUAAAUACUACGCUUUCAAUAGCUUCUUCUACAAGAACCUGCGCGACGGAGGAUACCAAAAAGUGAGUCGCUGGGCCCGUCGCGGCAAGAUCGGUGGCUCCGCUCUCCUGAACGUCGAAACGGUCUUCAUCCCCGUCCAUGAAGGCAUGCACUGGACCCUCCUCGUCGUAAGUCCCCGCAUGCGCACGAUCGAAUACUUCGACUCCCUCGGCGGCAACCCGGACUCCUUCGUCGAAAACACGCGGCGCUGGCUACGCGGCGAACUGGGCGACGCCUAUGUCGAGUCUGAAUGGCUAUUUCUCAACACCCCAUCACCGCAACAGGAUAACGGCAGUGACUGCGGCGUAUUCCUGCUCACGAGCGCCAAGGCCAUUGCGCUGGGCCUCAAGCCGACGGUCUACGGACCAAAUGAUAUCGAGCUGAUCCGCAAGAAAAUUGUCGCCGAACUCAUAAAUGGGGGUUUGCACGAUGAUUUGGAUCCUCGGGAUAGCUCCGGCGUCGUACAAUUGUGA